AUGAUCAAAGUUUUGAUUUUGGGCGCGGGAUACGGAACUCGUUUACAGAAAGACUUGGCAGUCAAUCCAGAUUACAACCAUUUAUUGGGGAUUCCUAAAGCCUUACUUCCUCUUGGUCAGAAAGAUGCACUCAUCACUUACUGGGUUGAACUUUUUCAAGAGCAUGGAAUUACGCCUAGUUCGAUCUACAUUGUAACAAAUGCACAAUGCUAUGACGCCUUCAUUACUUGGGCUAAAUAUCAUAAUAUACCUCUGGACCAUGUUGUGAGUGAUGGCACCUCUUCAAACGAAACACGUCUCGGAGCAGUUCCAGAUAUCUUGUUUGGCAUAAACCAUUUUGGCUUGGAUCAGUCAGACGUCUUGGUUGUGGGUGGCGAUACCUUGUUCUUGCGUGAUUUUAACUUGGACAAGUUCUUUGGCAGAUACAAACAAAUGAACUCAAACUAUGAUGCAUGCUUAGUGACAACAUACUGUGUGUCAGAAGAACAGGUCCAUAAAUUUGGUAUUGUCGAAACAAACAGCCAAGGCAUCAUCACUAGUUUUCUUGAAAAGCCUAGUCCUCUCGCUACACAAUCGCGUAAAGCCUGUCCUUGCUUUUACUUGAUCAAUAGCAAGGCUAUACCUUUGAUUCAAGAGUUUGUGGAUAAUUGUAAAGCAUCCAAUGCAUCUAAGGAAGAAUACGAUGCAACGGGUAAAUGCUUGGCUUAUUUAUACCCUCGAUUUAAGCUAGGAACAUUUCCAAUAUCAGGUCGUAUUGACGUAGGUGGUUUGUCUUCCUACAUUAGUGCCAACGCAUACUUUCAAUCCCAGUAA